AUGCGUUAUGCAUACAAAAGGAACAUAAUAUUCUGCGGGAUUGUUAUUGUAAUUUUGAUAAUUUUUUUACAUCCCGAUAUGAAUGGUCGGGGAAGCUAUGAAUAUAUAGAAAAAGAUGAUAUUCUCAAUAGUUUAUUAGAGGAAACAGCGGAAAACUUCUCAAGCGUUGCCGUCCUUCAUUGUGAAUAUCGUAAUUUAAUAUUUGAUGACACCACUCUUUCCAUAAGUUUAGUCGACGGAGAUUUGGUGGAAGGCCAUAAAAUUAAAGACGGUGGCGAAUACACACCGUCAGAAUGCAAGCCCAAGUUUAGUACGGCGAUUAUAAUUCCGUAUAGGAAUAGAGCAGAGCAACUACGUGGCUUUUUAGUGUACAUGCACACAUUCCUACAUCACCAGUGCAUCCACUAUCGCAUCUUUGUGGUGGAGCAACUCGACACAAGAAUGUUCAACAAAGCAAAGCUUCUGAAUAUCGGUGCAAAGGCAGCUAUGCGGUCUGGAUAUCCAUGUUUAAUAUUGCAUGAUGUGGAUCUGCUACCGUUAAGACAAGGAAACCUGUAUGCCUGUACCAAACAGCCGAGACACAUGUCCUCCAGUAUUAAUAAAUUUCGGUAUGUGUUACCAUAUCUGAAUCUCUUUGGUGGUGCUAUAGCCAUUGCUUCUAAACAAUACAAAGCUAUAAACGGGAUGAGCAACGAAUAUUUUGGAUUAGAAGGUGAAGAUGAUGAUUUCUACGCGCGUAUUGAAGCUAAGGGGCUGAAGAUGUGCAGAUUCGAGCCAGAGACGAGUCGCUAUCAUAUGUUUUCGCAUAGAUCUGAAAAUAAAAGGAAUACAAGAAACAAGGUAUUACAAUUAGCCAAGGACAGAAUGGCGACGGAUGGUUUGAACUCACUUACCUAUACAGAAGUAGCAACAGUACUGCAUCCACUGUUCACUCAUAUCAUGGUUGACUUGUAGCAUAUCGUGACAAUGGAUGCAUGUCGUCAUAUCACAGGUUCAAUCAGUUUAGUGACUAAUUUUAAGAAUUAUUACUGUUCUAGUAUUAAUAUGAAAUUUAGCUUUAUUAAUUAAAAAAUAUUGUAAAAAUUCCCUGGACACUUAACACAGCGCCAUCUACUUCCACGGUAAGCAGGGCAUGUGUGAUGGGUACUACACAACUGAUAUAAAUACUCAGAUUUUUUUGUAUAUGCAUACAUAAUAUACAUAGAAAACACCCAUACCGAUACAAACAAACGUACUCACGAAUACAAAUGUUUGCACCGUGCGAGGAAUCGAACCCGCGACCAUCGGAAGUAAACCGGUGUGCUAAACCGCUAGACCACUGAGGCCGUCAAUUUAUUAGUGGUAGUAUUUGACGUGAGAGGAUGAUGUAAGGGCAGUGGCGGGACCAACAUGGAGAAGGAAGGCAUUGGACAGAGGAGCCUGGAGUCUUUUGGUCGAGGCCUAUGUCUUGGGACAAGUUGACGAUUGUCAGCACAAAGACUAUAAAUAAAAUAAUAAAUAAUUUGACGUGAGCAAUCCUAUUUAAUUAAAAAUAAGCCUUAGUCUGUAGAAACUUUUGUCGGUUAAGAUCUUGCAACUUUCCAGGACUCUUCUAGAAUUAAAAUGAAGAAUUUAGCUUUAUUAGGUUUAAUAUUUGACGUGAAUAUGCCUAUUCUAUUAAUAAUUUAAAAGUCUGAGUAUAUCAGAGCUUCUCUCAAGUUCUUCCCACGAUCUUCCGUUCUUCACUUUAAAUGUCUACACGUCUUCCGCUAUUCCUUUUACCUUCUAUUCUUCCUUCAAUAAUAAUACUUAUAAUUCAUAAUGCUGUACCGAGUCUCCCAACAUUUUCCUCCCGUCUGUUUUAAUAACAAGACAACCAGAGACUACCAGCAAUACGUACCAUCCUACCCACAUUAUUACAUUCCAUGGCGGGAAUGGGAUUGUUAGUAAUGUGAAUUACUAAACCCCCAUUGCUAGCAAAGUAUGUCAGGUUGACCUGAACGCCGUUCCCUCUGGAAAUCAUCGUGAUAGGUUCCUGGUGAAUUUGUAACGAUGGGCUAACUGACCUGACCAUAUGCUCAUCGUAUCAUCCUCCACUGGGGCACCGCCAGCGUAUACCGUUAGCGCAGGCAGUGGACCAUUCCAUAAUCAUCUAAUAAAGAAAAGGACAUUCCAUGGUUUAAUUAUUAAUUAUUGAUUUUGUUAGAUUUGGUUUUAAACUCCGUAAUAAGACCCCAGACCACUCAGGAUAGGCCGUACUGGCGAAGACCAGACGGGCUGAGUCAAAAUAAAUGGAACUAAAGUGAGGCAAAAAAAGAAAAAGUUUAUUAGAUUUUGUUUUUAGGGAUGAUAAUGGAAUGGUGCACCCGUUUGAACUAAACGUUUACGCUGGCGGGGCAGCAAUGAAGAAUAGAAUAGAAGAUAGCACGAGUAUAAAGUCAUGCCAGUUUGUUCAUCGUGGCGGAUUCACCAGGAAUUUAUCACGAUGAUAUCCAACGGGAAAAGUGGAGGUUAACUUGACAUGGUACUUUGCUAGCAAUGGGGUCAUCAGUCAACGUUACUAACAAUCUCUUUCCCCAAUAAAAACAUUAAAAAGUGUUAAGUGUUAGUGUAUUGUCAGGUGCAUGGACCUGUAGCACUGCGACCUACAUAGAUCUAUUGUACUCGCCCUUUUUCAAAGUUCACUACCUAGACCCGUCAGGGACAAGAAAUAGAGGGUAUUCUUAGGAGCGAUGGUUUUUAUUUUCUCAAGAUAGAGUAUGAACUUUUCAAAGGAGAUAUUAUGUUUAUGCAUGAGUGGGCUAUAGCCACAUAGGAUGUGUUACCCAUAGUGUAUAUGCAAUCUUUAGAUUGUCUUCUCCCUAAUGCUUAGCUAUUGGCGUAUUCACGUUAAAAGAGAAAUUUUAUCUCGAUAACGAGCAUCUAGCAAUGAUU